AUGUCCUUCAGAGGCGGACGCGGUGGCGGGCGAGGGGGCGGCGGCUUCCGCGGCGGAGGGCGCGGGGGCUUCCAACAGCGCGACUUUGGCCCCCCAGAUCAAGUACUCGAAAUGGGCUCCUUCCUGCACGCCGUCGAAGACGAGAUGCUAUGCUCAUCCCUCAUGCCGGACAAGGUCCCCUACUUCAACGCCCCCAUCUACCUCCAAAACAAGUCCGUCAUCGGCAAGGUCGACGAGAUCCUCGGCCCCAUAAACGAGGUCUACUUCUCCGUCAAGAUGGGCGAGGGCAUGGUCGCCAGCAGCUUCAAGAAGGGGGACAAGGUCUACAUCGGCGGCGACAAGCUGCUUCCCAUCGACCGCUUCCUUCCUAAACCUAAAGCAGCAGGCGGUACGUGCACUUAUCCUUCUUCACCCACAAGGAUGCUAAUUCUCUCGCGAUCACUCCAGGCGUCAGUGCGUAUACAUCCAUGA